GUGAAGGAUUGUUUGAUACCGUUUGAUGAUCUCACCUGUGAGAUGGUUUUCUAUUGGCGCUGUCUCUCCAAGUACUUCAGGUCAAAGCCGGAGGGGGAGGGGCUUGGGUUCUUUGACCGAGUCACCCCCACUCUUUCUAACUUCUGUCAUUAUUUUAAAAGCUACAUUGAUGAUAAGAUAUUCAAGGCCUCAAGUGUCUCCGACUCGACGCUAGACAACGAGUUAUCAGUUGAAUUCGUUGGACGUCAGUUGUGUGGAAUGAUAUCUUGCCUGGACUUUACCGAUGAAAUGGGAAGGCGGUUGCUUGAUGAUCUCAUCCACCAGUUGAUAAUAAAUCCUUCCUAUCCGACUAGUCUUGUUUCAUGCAUACUCAAGGAGCAGGUUCAAGUAUGGCCCCAGGAGAGCUACAGGAUAGAAAGACUCCUUGAUAUGAUAGCGGAGAUAAGGUGCCCCAGUAUAAGUGACAGUGCCGCUACAAGCAGUAUCAUCACCACCUCACAGUUCAUGAACAUGUCAACUGUUAACUUGAAGGUACUUGUUUAG